AUGAACUCAUAUACCCUUGCCGGACGAGGCAACAAACUGCUUUUGCGACUGCGAUUGAACGCCCAACGACGACUCAACUCGACGAAGCCUCAAGAACAAGCCAAAGAUGUGCCGUCACGGUCAACAACAAUCCCAGGACCUGGAAUGGCAUGGAUAGAGCCAUUGAAAGAGCCGUUCAGAGCGUAUGGUCGCAUGCAACAUCGCUCGCCAUACAUGACACAAUUGUCAACGACACUGAUCAUCUACUUUUUGGGCGAUCUGUCGGCUCAGAAAGUGGCCAGCGACGAACCCUACGAUCCGUCUAGAGGUCUGCGAGCACUGGUGAUCGGUGGCAUAUCAUCCAUACCAAACUACAAGUGGUUCAUGUUCUUGGGUAACCACUUCAACUACAAGUCGCACGUAGCCUCGAUUGCGACCAAGAUUGUCAUCAACCAGACCUUNUUUACACCGUGCUUCAACACAUACUUUUUCGGCAUGCAGAGUCUGCUGUCUGGACAGACGCUCGAGCAAACGAAACAGAGAGUCAUCGAUACCGUGCCUGUUAGUUGGAGGAAUAGCUGGAAGCUGUGGCCGGCUGUCACGGCGUUCAGCUUUACAUUCGUGGCGCCACAGUAUAGGAGUGUGUUUGCGGGAGUGAUUGCUAUUGGGUGGCAGACUUAUCUGAGUUGGCUGAAUAUGAAGGCUCAGGAAGAGGAGGAUGAGAGGGCUGCAACUUCUGCUGCGACUGCUCCUGUGACGGGUCCGUCGACGGCGCUUCCUGCUGCUUGA